GUAUAUGUGUGUGUGGGUGUGUCUGCUCAUAGUCUCUCUGUAUCUUCGGCGAUAGAUUCAUUCGUCUGAUCUCCUCCAGCUGUCGCGCUACAACAUAAUGGAGUCUCUCUCUACAGCAAACUCGCAGUUCUGUCUCAGUCUGUUCCCGCAGAUCAGUGCACGAAACCCCGCAGGAAAUGUGUUUUUUUCUCCUGUCAGUGUUUCUGCUGCUCUGUCGAUGCUGUCUCUCGGAGCAUCCGGUAAUACAGCGGCUCAGAUGAAGCAGACUUUGCAUUUUGCAGAUGCAGAGGGUGAAAUCCACGUUGGGUUCAAGAAGUUUAUGAGUGAGCUGAACAAAGCAGAAGCUCUGUACGCUUUGAGUCUCGCCAAUCGCCUCUAUGGAGAGAAAUCUUACCAGUUUGUUGAGAAAUUCCUUCUUGAUACAAAAAGCCUGUAUGAGGCCGGACUGGAGACCGUUGACUUCAUCCAGAAUGCAGAAGCAGCACGUGUGGACAUCAACAGCUGGGUGGAGAAACAAACACAAGAGAAGAUCAAGGAUCUGCUGGCUGAAGGAGACGUUAAUGCGCUGACGAGAAUGGUGCUGGUGAACGCCAUCUACUUCAAGGGAAACUGGGAGAGAAAAUUCAGUGUAGAAAGCACCAAAGAGGAGCAGUUCAGGUUGAACAAGAAUGAAAUGAAGCCUGUUCAGAUGAUGCAUCAGAAGGCAAAGUUUCCUCUGGCCUUCAUCCCGGAACUGAACUGUCAGGUUCUGGAGCUGCCGUACGUUGGGAAUGAUCUCAGUAUGUUGAUCAUGCUUCCAAACGAGAUGGAGGACGACAGCACUGGCCUUCAGAGGGUGAGACAGCAGACGUUUAUGUCAUUAAUUAUUGAUAUGGAGUGGUGGUGGUGUAAUGGUCUAAGCACCAUAACUGGUAAACUGGUAAUCAGAAGGAAACUGGUUCAAGCCCCACAGCCACCACCACCAUUGUGUCCAAGGCACUUAACUCCAGGUUGCUCCAGGGUGAUUGUCCCUGUAAUAAGGGCUCUGUAAGUCGCUUUGGAUAAA